AUGUCCUGCUACGACCUGUGCCUGCCCUCCUCCUGCGGUCCCCAGCCCCUGGCCACCAGCUGUAACCAGCCCUGCUUCCGCCGCUGCAGGGACUCCACUGCCUUCAUCCAGCCGCCCACGGUCGUGGUCACGCUGCCCGGGCCCAUCCUCAGCUCCUUCCCGCAGAACACCAUGGUGGGCUCCACGGCGUCAGCGGCGGUCGGGAGCUACUUGCGCUGCUGCGGCAUCCCCGUGGGAUCUCGGGGGCUGGGCAAGGUGGGGCUGCUGUGCCUGGGGACCGGGCUGUAG